AUGGCUUCAAAGUCUCUUGCAUCCACUGUGCUUCUCCUCUCUCUCAACAUUAUCUUCUUCUGUCUGAUCACUUCCAUCAAAGUUACCGGCUUCCUGUCACCGAAAACUUCCGAACACCAUCGGGCACGCCCUCAGGCGAAGAAGACAUGUCCAGAGAAUGUACUGAAGUUCGGGGUAUGUGGAGGUUUGAUGAAUUAUCUGAUGCACUUUGAGGUCGGUAAACCGCCGAUGAAUUGCUGCAAACUCAUGAAUGGCAUGUUUGAGUUCGAAGCUGCUGUUUGCCUUUGCAUGGCCAUGAAAGCCAAUAUCAUGGGCUUCAACAUGAACAUCCCCUUCGCCAUGACCUUGAUCCUGGAUUUCUGCGGAAAAAAGACCCCCCCGGACUACAAAUGCAAAUAG